CUUGGGCUCGAAAAACUAUAUAAAGUGAAACAGUGGGCCUCUCGCAUCCCAAGUUAGUGCCAGACCCGUCAUUUUCUCAUAUUGUUUUCAUUGAAUCUGUGUAAAUAUGGCGCUUUGGAAGGUAAUUAUUCUCGUGAUUUGUGUGUCUGCUCUCGUCCAUUCACGUGAAGUUGAUUUACCGGAGGCUGUCAAGACGUGCAAGAAGGAUUCGGACGAUUACGCCUCAUGCUUGAGGCUUGCUAUUCAAGAAGCUUGGCCAAUUUUCGUUAAUGGCAUUCCUGAGCUGAACGUGCCCCAGUUGGAUCCCUUCGUGGUGGAUGUAUCCAAUAACAACUAUGCAGUUGGUGAAGUCACUGGAAGAAUAUCUGUAAGAAACUCCAAAUCCUAUGGACUAGCCAAAGCGCGUUUCUUAUCAGUGAGACCCUACCACGAGGACGACCACUUCCGUCUUGACAUUGACUACGAGUUGCCCAAGGUCCUCGUGGAGGGUGACUACAAGGCCGAGGGAACCAUUGGAGCCUUUAGAAUUGGCGGAAAGGGACAAUUCAAUAUCAGUAUGACGGACGUCAGAUGCAUGCUCGUGCUCGAGGGGCCAGUAAUUAGUGACAAAUGGGUUGUGGAGAGGCUCAGUCUCACGCCCGAGGUUGGAGACAUGAAAAUUUGGGCUUCUGACUUGUUCAAUGGAAAUCAACAGCUCACGAGAGCAGCUCUUAGUUUCGCAAAUGAAUACUGGGAGAUUCUCUACCGUGGAAUGCUGCCAUUUGCAGCAAAAACCUGGAAUGCUAGUCUUAAAGAUCUCAUCAACGGAAUCUUCGCCAAUCUCUCAUUCUCGAAGACCUUCCCUUGAUCCAAAAAGGGCAUUGUCUUACCAAUUUAUUCCAUUUCUCCUUGAAAGAAUUCGGCAGCUAAGUGGCGAAAGACAACGUAAAUAGGGCAUUUUUCUCAAAUGUGUAAUCAUCUCAAUAAUAAGUGGUUUUAGGAAAAAUGUGAGAAAGCCUUAUUUGUGAACGAUGACAUUCCCCACAAAAAUGGUCUUUUGGCAUUUUCUCCUAAAUCCACUCUCCACUAGGCUAAUUCGACCGUUGAUGAGUCGAUAUGCCUUUCCACUAUGUUACAACUGAAUUAUGUUUGCUCAAAAGUCGGUUUCCUUCGAUUGCGAAUCCAACAUUUACAAUUCCUGGAAAUCUUUGUAAUGAAAUCUUUUGUAACAUUCAGUUGAAAUUUAGAAAUCUUAGUAAUUCAGCUACUGAAGACUGAAGAAACUAUUAAAGAAGAGAAAAAUAUAUGAAUAAAGACAAAAAAUGACGGGUUCAGGCGUCAACUCUGCCAUCAUUUAGAAAGUCUCGAGUGGAAAGUUGCAUUCACUGCGAAAUGUUUUCCAACAUUUCAAUUCAUAAUUCAAUUUUUGCACAUGCCGAAUAAAAUAAUAUAAAUAAAUUUGAAAAACUGUUGUAUAACUGAA